UUGAUAAACGACAAAACAAAUUUACGAUUUAGGGUAAAGAGUGGCAGAUGUAUUUUUAUUGUGGCUGCUAAAAGAACAGCGUUUGGGACAUACGGCGGAACUCUAAAAAAUCACACAGCUACAGAUCUUGCUGUAAUUGCCAGUAAAGCAGCCUUGGAAGCUGGAAAUAUUAAGCCAGAGCUGAUCGACCAUGUUAUUUUUGGUAAUGUAGUUCAGUCCUGCCAAGACGCACCAUAUUUGGCUCGUCAUGUUGGUCUUAGAGUGGGAGUUCCAGAGAAAAUUCCAGCCCUUACCCUCAAUCGCCUGUGUGGUUCAGGUUUUCAGGCAGUCGUUAGUGCCGCUCAGGAUAUCAUAACAAAAGAUGCAUUGGUGGUGCUAACUGGUGGCACUGAAAGUAUGAGUGAAGUUCCGUUUGUUGUCCGAAAUGUGCGAUUUGGUACAAGGCUUGGAGGCAAUUACAAGUUUGAAGAUAUUCUCUGGGAUUGCUUAACUGAUUCGUAUGUCAAUACUCCAAUGGCGUUAACAGCUGAAAAACUUGGUGCAAUGUAUAACGUUACACGAAAAGAUGCCGACGCUUUUGCCCUACGUUCACAGACUUUAUGGAAGAAAGCACAAGACAGCGGUGCUUUUAAGGAAGAAAUGGCUCCGGUGACAGUGAAAAAGAAGAAUAAAGAAGUGGUUUUUGAUGUAGAUGAACACCCAAGGCCAUCGACUGCUGAAACCUUGGCAAAACUACCUCCUGUUUUUAAGAAAGAUGGUUUAGUUACUGCUGGAAAUGCAUCGGGAGUUUGCGAUGGCGCUGGGGCAGUCGUAGUGGCAGGUGAAGAGGCAGUCAAAACACACAAUUUAAAGCCACUGGCUCGUAUUGUAGGAUGGCAUAUAGUUGGAGUAGACCCUUCGAUAAUGGGGAUUGGUCCUGCACCAGCAAUUAGAGGAUUAUUGCAAAAAACAAAACUAAAAUUGGAUGACAUUGAUUUGAUAGAGGUAAAUGAAGCAUUUGCACCCCAGUGUGCCGCUGUGCAGCGAGAGCUGAAAAUUCCUGACGAAAAGCUGAACGUUAGUGGAGGCGCCAUUGCGUUAGGCCACCCACUCGCAGCAUCUGGAGCGAGGAUUUCAGCUCAUCUAGUUCACGAAAUGAGACGCCGAAAGGUGAAAUAUGGUAUUGGUUCUGCAUGUAUCGGUGGCGGACAAGGAAUUGCAGUGUUGUUUGAAGUUGCGCAUUGA